CGCUCCCUCUGUUCUUCAGUAGUUGCGUCCAAUGCUGUACGCGCAUGCGCUGUGCGUAAUGCUCAGUAAAUCUCGUACGGUACAGUAACGGAAGGGUCGCCCGGGAAUCAGGAAAGCAUAAGUUGGUAACAUAGUCGGUUCAUUCUGGAAUCCAAGUGGAAAUUAGGCAAGAUGCCCAUAUUUGGGAACACCUUCAGCCCCAAGAAAACGCCCCCGAGAAAAUCUGCAUCGCUUUCCAACUUGCACGCACUGGACCGGACAACAAAGGAGGUGGAGCUGGGUUUGGAUUAUGGUUUUCCCAGCAUCAAUAUUGCAGGGCAGAGUCUCAGGUUUGACAACGGAGAGUGGAUUGAUGAAUCGGGUGGUACUGGAUCACAAAAGGAUGUCCAACGUCUUCGAAAGAGAAAUCUGCAAUUGGAAGAGGAAAAUAACCUGCUGCGCCUGAAAGUAGAAAUCCUGCUGGACAUGCUUUCUGAGGCAACAGCAGAAUCUCACCUCAAAGAUAAGGAGCUUGAGGAAAUGAAGAGCUCGAAUGGACGGAGAAAAUAAAUCUAAUAAAAUAAUGCAGGAGGAGCUCAUGUAUAAUACCUGCAUCAUACAGAAGAUUUACAACACUUCUCUCCGGAUUCAUUUUAGGUCUCAUUCACUUCACAUUUUUAGGGUAUUUCCCCAGCAUAUGAUGUGAUACCAGCAGAAAAGGUUUUUCAGUGUAUACAUAUGACUACAUGUGGCCUGUGUCGUAGUCGUACAUGCUUUUGAGUCCCACAAAAGAAGUAGACAUUUGGAAAAUAAAAUAAAGGUAAUCGCUAAUAGAUAUUUAGCCAUGGGCAUUCUUAAAGGGGUACUCCUUUUACACCCCCUUCCAUAGACUUGCAUUGAGGGGCGUGAUGUCAUGAGGGGGUGGGGCCUUGACAUCAAGAGCUCCCGACAGUUUGUUCCAAACACUGAGCAGCGGAGUACCGCUUUAAGUAUAUGUCAAAAUAUCUUUUCUCAGCUAUGCCAACAUAUACCAGCAAUUCCAAAUAAUUCCAGCAGUGACAUACAGCAAGGUUGUUGUGGUGGUCACCGUCAACGUUCCAAAAACACCACUAAAAUUUUUGAUGCAGUUUUUUGUGCCAAGGGCAGAAGUGGAUCCAGAAGGAAGACAUUCAUUUGCUACUUAUAAAUUUCUUAUUUCUGCUGGAUGUGGUGCAAAAAACAGCAUUAAAAACUGCAGUCUGGUCUUAUUUUCUUAAGAUGACUAGUUAUUUAUUUGUAAAUAUAUUACACUUGGAAUAUAUUAUUUUAGUAGAUUAAAGGGGGGUGGAGUACCCCUUUAAGCAUGAAGAGACAAGGAACAAGGAUGUUUGUCUGUUUCAGUAACUACAGAUGUUAGGAGAUUUCAGGUCCAAAUGACCAGUCAGACCUCUAUAUAUUUAGGCUUUGUCUAAUUAAAUAUAACUACUAAGAAUGUGAAAUUUUUUAAAUAUAGUUUU